AUGAAGUUGAUAAUUGAAGAGAAUGCCGAGCAGGUGGCUGAUUUCGCUGCGAGAUAUGUGGCCAAGAAGAUUCUCGACGCGAAUCUUGGACCUGACAAGUAUUUGGUUCUCGGCCUUCCAACAGGAUCAACUCCGUUGGGAAUGUACAAGAAGCUCAUCAAAUUCUACAACGACGGCCUCAUUUCGUUCAAAUAUGUGAAAACUUUCAACAUGGACGAGUACGUCGGAUUGCCGCGGGAUCAUCCCGAAUCGUAUCAUUCGUUCAUGUUUCGAAACUUUUUCAAACACAUCGACAUCGACCCGGAGAAUGUGAAUAUUUUGGAUGGAAAUACCGACAAUCAUACGAAGGAAUGCGAAUCGUACGAGAAGAAAAUUGAGGAAGCUGGUGGAAUCGACUUGUUCAUUGGAGGAAUCGGACCCGAUGGCCAUAUUGCGUUCAAUGAGCCGGGAUCUUCGCUGUCGUCGUUGACUCGAAUCAAAACGUUGAAUGCUGAUACGAUUCAGGCGAAUGCCCGCUUUUUCGGUGGCGAUCUUUCGAAAGUGCCGACGCAAGCGUUGACUGUUGGCGUGCAAACGGUGAUGAAUGCCAGAGAAGUGAUGAUAUUGAUCACCGGAUCUCAUAAGGCAUUGGCUUUGCAUCAGGCCAUCGAAUGCGGAAUUUCGCACAUGUGCACGGUGUCGGCGAUGCAGAUGCACAAAUGCGCGGUAUUCGUCGCCGACGAAGACGCGACGCUCGAAUUGAAAGUCAAAACUGUUAAAUAUUUCAAAGGACUUAUGGGACAUCAUAGAACACUUGUUGAUUUUUGGGCCUCAUAA